CUUUUAUAUAUCUAUACCUACAACAAUAAUAAUAUGUGAAAAAUGUAAUGAAAUCAAGAGUUAACCCAAAAUUGUUGUUCUAUAUACAGUAUGUGCCAUAAAAAUCGUCGUAGGUCAACCUCGGCUUAUUUUAAAACAAAAUAGUUUAUAUCAACGUUGGCUGUUGAUAUUAGUUAUUUGUCAAAUUCGCAUUUUUUUGAAAAAUCGGUUAAAAUUAAACGGCUUUUUUUAAAUAUGAAAAUAGUUAUUAGAGAAACUUGUUUCUAUAGCAGUGGCAGAAGUUGGAAAGGCUUUUGGUAGGUAGAGAGGGGGUAAACGUCAAACCCGUCGGAAGGCUUCGAGAAUUUCGCAGUUAUGCUUACCUGUCAGUGUCGUUUCAUAGAAUAUACCUAGGUAAUUUUAAAUUGUUACCGGGGGACCCGGAUAAUCGCAAGUAUUUAUAUGGACUAUAAAUAAUUAUUAAACAUGUAUUAUAAUAUCCAAAUCAUAAUUCUACAAAAUUUCAACAGAUGUUCACAAUUUAUUAAAUUAUUUACUCGAAAUUGUUAUUAACAUCUAUAAAAUAAUUUUGUACGCCAAUGUAUCGCAUCCACUUCGAUUAGAUCUGCCGUAAAUCUGUCAAUACGCUAGUUCAGUGAUGAUGAUCAUGUGAUGAUGUAAUUAUGGUUCCACUGACAAUUAAAGUGACAGUAGAUUUUUUGAGUGCGUUUUGUUUACCUAAAUUAUAUCGUUUUUUCACUUUUAUAAAUAUAUUCCUAAAGUAAGUAUAGAUAACAUGCAUCAAAUAUAUAAUCGUUUAUAGUUACCAAUUACAUAUACCUUUAAACUAUUUUUUAUGACCUAUACAAUAGGCGAGUUCGGUCAGUCAGGGGCUGGAGCGGGACAAAUUUUAGGGUGCUUUUAAAUGACAUUUAAGCGUGUUAAACUGUCACUAAUCGGACUAAACCGAACGCUAAAAGAGUCGUUUGGAGUUAAAAGUGUUAAAGGAACGUGGCAAAAAACGUAUAUGUCAAAUUUAUUGAUGUUUUUGUUAAAAGUUUGGUUAGAAUUAAAUGCCUGUGGAACCAAAAUGACAUCAUACCGAACUAGCGUAUUUAUGUGUAUAAAGUGGGAGAACUGGCAAAGGCUUUCCAACUUCUGCACCUGCUAUACUAACAUUUUACGCCAACAAACCGAUUUUGAACGAGAUAUCCCGACUUUCAUAAAAUUUUAGUUUAUAACAUUUUUUGAUACCUCCCGUAACUAACAACUUAGCAUUUAUUGAAAAGCACAUUCCACACCAAUUUUUGUUAAUAAUUUUCGAGGUUGCGGCGUUAUUUUUACGAUUAUUAAAAUGUAUGCAUAAGCAAAUGGAGUUUACUGGAUGGUUUUCCAAUUUCCAAGAAAAUUAAGCAUAAUUAGUCGGAAUAUCUUGUUCAAAAUACCUAUUAUAAAAAUUUCUCGAUAACUUUUUCAACAGAUUUCAAAAAAGGAGGAGGUUCUCAUUCUCAAUUCGUCGGGUUAUUUUUUUUAUGUAUGUUCAGCGAUAAUUCUUUACCACAUUGUCCGAUUUCUAUGAUUCUUUUUUUGUUAGAAAGGGGUAUAGUUCCGUAUGCAUUUGGUCAGAAUUUGAUGAUCUAUGAGAAAAUAGAAAAUCUCAAUUUUUAAGGGCAUCUGAAUGAUUGAAGUUUGGAUUUUUAAAAUUACUUUUAUAGGUAACUUGUUCAUAUUUCAGAAAAAAAAUGCCACUUUUGAACGAUUGUUAAAAAAAAAAUGCGAAUUUGAUAACUAAUAAUCCCAGUAGUCAUAACUUUAUGGGCUAUGUUGUUUUUAAAUAAGCAGAGGUGAGAGCAGGUGAUUACCCUACGACGUUUAUUCAAAUCUUAAUAAGUAUUAAACAAAAAUCCACAUGAAUCCAAACUUUUAUGGCACACACUAUAGGUAUGUAAAUGAUAAAUGUCGAAAAAUUUCCACUGAAUUAAAAUCUCCAAUCUCUCCAGAUAUUUUUUUUAUUUCCCUGGUAAUGGAUCAAAAACAAGUUAAAAAUAUAGGUAUAUAUAUUUACUACCUAUGCACUUAUUGCAUUUUUUCACAAAAUUAUUAUUUUAUUGCAAAGGCGGCCCAACACUCUGCUUCUCUGUGCCGUAAUAAUGUAGGUUAUUAUUCAUUCACAUUUUAAAAUAGGCAGUAUCCUGCUUUAAAAUGAUGAAAAGCUUAAAUUCUAAAUAUUCUCAUCAUACACAAACACGUAGGUAAUGUGUCGGCAAAAAUUACUCAUUGCUCUUAUCGCAAAUAAAUACACAACCCAUACGUAAUUUGAAUGAACAAAACUCAAUUACGCGGAACGUUCGGGGUUCGGGGGUGAUUACAAAUAGUUAAAGUUAAGCCAACUUAAAAACGACAAUAAACAACAACCCGAAAUAAAAAACUCCUCAAGACUUUGGUGGUUGUCUCGAAUUUUGAAAAUCGCGCAGUGAGCGCAUGUGUGCUUCCAGCAGCGAGGGCCCGGCGCGCCAUACCCGAUCUACGUCCGUCGAACUGUCAGUUCUCAGUUCGCAUCGGUUUUUCGGCAAAACUAACGCGUCGCGGUCGAACCACCGCCACAGCCGCCUUCACGCGAAGCUGCCAUCGACACCGUCGAUUUACUACCACCCUCCUGGAGCGGGUGCAUCCGCAAAAAAAUUCUUCACGCUUCACAUCGACGACGUUUGUGCCAUAGGUGCGGCCAUUUUUAGAGGUUACUGUUUACUGUUACUGUGCGUAUCAUAGUACAUUCGUAUCGUAAAUUGACGCCUGGUUUUAGGCAACACUUAACACGCAACCGAGCGGAUUGCUUGCAUAAAUCCCGGUGCAUUUUCGUUUCGUUUUUAGCCUCACCCACUUUGCACGUCGUAGUCGGUUGCAGUGACCUGUGGUGUGGUGCGUGUGUUGUCAAAUGACAAUCCAUAGUGCGGGAGAUUCGUUUGAAAUUUUCAUUAGCUAACCCCAUUCUAAUUCAAUUGUUUUUUUCAUUUCUCGCGGCGGUAAACGACUUCGUGAAGACGGGGAAAAUGACGGAGGAAGAGGUGUUGUUUGACGACGUUUACGAUUUGUGUGAGGAAAUCGGAAGGGGACCAUUUAGCAUUGUCAGGAGAUGCAUCCACCGUCAAACAAGUCAGCAAUUUGCCGCCAAAGUCGUCGACGUAGCAAAAUUCACAUCGAGUCCUGGGCUCAGCACAGAAGAUUUGAAACGAGAGGCCACGAUAUGUCACAUGCUCAAACAUCCGCACAUCGUAGAGCUACUGGAGACGUAUUCCUCGGAGGGGAUGCUCUAUAUGGUUUUUGAAUUCAUGGGCGGCUCCGAUCUGUGCUAUGAAAUCGUGCGACGAGCGUCUGCUGGAUUCGUGUACAGCGAAGCUGUUGCUAGCCAUUACAUGCGACAAAUCCUGGAAGCCUUAAGGUACUGCCACGAGAACGACAUAGUGCACAGGAAUAUCAAGCCGGAAAGCAUACUAUUGGCCACCAAAGAAAAUUCGGCCCCCGUUAAAUUAGGGGGAUUCGGGGUAGCUGUCCAGCUGCCAGACCGACAUCCGAUUAGCAUGGGAGGAAGGGUGGGCUGUCCCCAUUUCAUGGCACCAGAAGUUGUGGAGAGGCGACAGUACGGUAAACCGAUUGACAUAUGGGCGGCGGGUGUUUUACUCCACAUUCUGUUGUCGGGAACGUUACCGUUCCACGGAAGCGGUAGAAGAUUGGUAGAAGCUAUCUGCAGAGGAAAGCUACACAUGGACACAUCCCAACAUUGGCAAUUGAUUAGUGAUAGUGCAAAAGACUUAAUACAACAAAUGUUAAAAGUAGAUCCAAAACAAAGGAUUACCAUUCAAGAAGUUUUAAAUCACAAAUGGUUGAGGGACAGAGACAAGGGAUUGAGAAUUCAUCUCAAUGAGACUGUAGAGGAAUUGAAAAAAUUUAAUAGCCGUAGGAAAUUGAAAACUUAUGUUCUUAGCGUCGUCAAUUCUAGUAAAUGGUAUCCGUAUGACGAUUCCAAUGCGGAUUCCUUUUCCGAUUUCGGUGAUGACGAAGUGUCUUCCUGUGCUAUAUCAACAAUCAUCGACUCUUUGGAUGACAUAAACUGCCUUCAAGAAACCCAACCCCAAGAACGCGCCCACCUCCUAGCUCUCCUUGAUGAUACCCGUCUCCACAUGCUUCUAGAGCUCUUCGACCGUAUCCAGAGCCGAGUGCUGACACCUUUGAGAACGCCGCUGAACGACGCCGUGCAAUGCGCUCGCGAUGCAGCGGACGCUUUACGCGAUUUGGAACAUCGUCGGGAUACCGAUUUCAGGGAUCUGCAGGAAUUGAGGGAUCUACUCUGCCGGCCGCACUUUAAGGUAAAAUUCGUUUGGCUUUUAAAUGGUAGAGGGCGCUAAAGGGUGGCUUAAAUUAUUUUACUGUUGAAAAUCUUGUACAAAUAAUGAAAUAGUGUUAAAAUAGUUUGAAAUGUUCAAUGAUGUUUUUAGACGACUUAACAAAAAACAGAACUCGGAAUAUUAAAAUUAGAAUUUUGUACUCAAAGUGGUUUCU